UGUAAACAAUGCGAUUUAAUCUUAAUUUUAAUCACGCACAUUAUUUUAGGCGUUUUCGCGCAAGAAACUAUAUAUCGAAGUGUUUCAUCAACUCUCAAAGAAUGUUACGAAAAUAAGUAUCUUUUAGAGAAAGAUAAUAGAUUACCCCAUACUUUGAAUACAUUAAUCGCAAUUCUCCAAAAAAUCGAGAAAUCGGAAUCAAGCAGGGAUUUACGAACCUUAACUGUUGGGAUUAUGCACAGAUUUCGCCAAGAUGGAAUAGAAAAAAAUCCAAACGUAAUAGAGCAAUCUGGUGUAUUGCCAUAUAGAGCAGCUAGCCAAGCUCAAAAAUAUGUAGUAAUAACUCGUUUCAUACCCGAAAAAACGGACCUUAUUCGUUGGGACAACAUACUCACUGAUAUCGAAAGGUGCACUCUUCAUUUUAUGCUGUCUAGCAGUAUUGAAAUCUUUGAAAGAGGGGAUGAAAACACGGUAUGUAGAUACACCGACAAUGCUUAUAGAAGCGCGAGAAGUGUGACUUAUUCUAAUGGCACUUAUUCCAAUACAAAUUUGGAUGUGCACGAUGAUGUCGAAACCUUAACACCCGAACAAAUCGAUGUUAUCACCAAUAAUAAAAACGGAGUUACUGAACACGUGUUUCAUCCAAACGCCUUGUAUCCGGAAUUACCGCCGAAUCAUCCGAAGAUCGCUCGAUAUCUCAACCUGCCGCCGCUAAGCAAAUGUCCUGUGGAGAAUGGCGUUAUAAAAACUAGGUGGGGUCCUGUUUCUGCCGGGCCACUAAUUGCUGGUAUAGCUGCUGGCUUGCAACCCGAAUUUGUAAAGCUCUCAGAUGUGUUUCCUGAGGAAAAGAACGAAGAGAGAAAGGCAAAUCUAUCAAGAUUAUUAUUGGAUAAUAAAUGGAUGGCAACUAUAGCUGGUGAUUUAGCUGAAAUUACUUUAAUGCAAGGCCCUACAAAUGAGAAGAUUAGUAUAGGUGUAAACGGCAUGUGGAAUUCGUCGGCUAUGCCCCGUUGGUAUUUCUUGAAAUCUAAUCAGAAAUUACAAUUUACCACGGCUGAGAUUAGAGGUGACAUUGACGGAUUAAUUCUUGCUAGCGAAAUUGAAGCCUUAUAUUCCAAAGUGCCCACUUUGAGACUGUCGCAGAUUUUGGAUCAGUAUUAUAGCUCCCGCGGAUUGUUUAAUUCCUCAAUUAGAGCAUGCGAUCGAAAAACAUUAUUCCAAACGAUACCGAAAUCGAUAAUGUCUGCACAGGCGUACACUGCUUCACUAGUUUUGGAAGAAUAUCUGCAUAGAGCUACAAUAAACGAUGAUAGGAUGCAAGAAUUUGCGGCACAAGCAACAGACGAGCUGUCUCGUUACGUUGGAGAAAUGAAUAAGGAUUUAACAUGUCAAUCUGAGAUGGACAAUUUCAACGAUGUUAUUCAAGUCGCUAUUGAUCUGACAAUUAUUCUCGAUACAACGUGGUCUUUUAACGCGAUACAACCAAUUAUUGCAGACAUAUUGGAUAAUAUCAAGAUAAAUCCAUAUAACAGUCAAUUUACAGUUAUUAAUGGUCGUGAUGGCGGUAUCAUGAUUAAUACUACCAAUAGUAUUUUAGACAUCGGUUAUUAUAAUACAACCCAUUAUACGAAUGUUACUAAUAGCGGUUUCGAUCUUCCUAAAUCACUUGACAAAUUACGUAUUUUGCAAACAAAGAAAUUGAACGAUGAACGUAAUGGUCUUGGACAAGCAAAAUCUGAUGUAGUCUUAAUUAUUCCAUAUACAUCAUCUCUUUCAAGUUCCGACAAGGACUACUGUAUAGAACAGAUCAAGCAGAUGCGAGAGAAAGUACCAGAUGCCACAUUACUUAUAUUGGCUUACGGAUCAAUAGACAAAUGGGCAGAUCUUGUAAGUGAUCCGUCAAAUGAUUUAUUCUCCACAACCGCUGUGGGUGAUAUAGGAGGUUCAGCAACGAUCGCUAAACUAAUUUCGAGAAUAAAACAAGUUCCACAGCGCUUAAUCAAUACGCAAUGUGGAGCCGAUUAUUCUUCUGUUGGAUCUACCAAUUCGUUUAUCGAUUAUAUUGAACCGGCAACAGUUGUUUCGUACAGACUUCAUCCUAAUUAUUUCUUUUCCACUGACAGCAGCCAUGUUUCUCAGAUAAAGAUCAAAGGAUCCGGUCGGGGUAAUCUAAGAGUAUGUACAUCGCGACGUUUCAUAAAUAUUAAUAUGACAAGUAGCUCAUGUGAGUCGAUAAAUAAUGAUGUACAUACUGUUACAUUUUCCUGCGGUGAUGCUGGUUUGAUACAUCUUUGUGAUCCAUUAUAUCUAACAAUUAUUGCUAAUUCUUCAGUUACAAAUUAUCAAUGUACAAAGCCAGACGUGUGCAGAUUUGCUCAUAUGAUCGAAUAUACCAUCUCCUAUGAGAAUCUAGUAUGUGAAAGUAGUGCAAGCAUAAAUAUACUAAAUAUUUUCGUUUUAAUCAUAAGCAUAAUAUACAUGUUUUUGUAAUAAAUGAUACAAAAAAUGUUACACAAGUUAAUUUUUUUUAACAAAUAAGAUAAAUGUGUUUGAACAUUAGUGAAAAUAGAAUUAGAAUUAGAAUUGUAAAUAUCACUUAAUACUGCUCUUUUGUGAUAGGGUAUGAUGCGAAAUAUUUUGUAGUCACUGCAUUUGUAUAUGUAUGACACACUGAAACUUUCAAAAUAAGAAAGUGUUGUGAAACUGCUUGCAUAAAUAAAUCGAUAACAAAUAAA